AUGACAUCAAAUUUGAAUUCUCUCGUAAGUUCUGAUAAAAAUAGAAAAAAAAAAGUGUAUGAAAGUGAAAAUAGUGAAGAUGGAAUGAGAAUUUUUGUUGAAUGGAUGGAUGGUUGUCUCACAGUCAAAUUAUCAGUGUACCAAGUAUAUGUAUAUGUGUGUAUUUUAAAGAAAUUUUAUGAACACGCAUUAUUCGACUUCGAAACUUUAACAUAUUCCGGAAAAUUUUCGGAAAAGCUGGCGGAAAAGUUUGGAGUAAACUUUGAAAACACUUCAUUUACAUACUUCACGUACGCAAAGACUUGGGAUAGAUUAGACAAGAAAAAUAGUCAUCGUGAUGAUAACACCAACAGUGCUAUUUCAACAACAAAAAGAACAUACCAUUGA